GGCUGGGCUGGCUAAGAGUAGGGUCGCUCUUCCUUCCCUCCCACCACCCCUAUACAGUAGCUCGAGUACGUGCGUUUGUCUGUCUCGUCGUGGGGUGUGAACCGUCGCUGGAUAUUGUCUGCCUCCCACUCGUCUACUGCUACUGGUGGAUCUCGCGACGCUACAAGGCACGGGUGUCUCAGGCUGGAAGGAGCGACUCAAGAUUAGUAUUACGUCGUUGUAUUCCCAGAGGACUUUGUAGAAUAUUUUGGUGUCGAGCCUGGGUUGAGGACCUGGGGGAAUUACGAUACAAUGUUCCACGCAAACGAUAGACACAGACACAGCAGCUGCUACGGCAGGAGGUGCAGGUUGCCUCCUUACUUGAUGGUGGUGAUGAUGGUGGGUCUCCUGCAAGAGAAGUUAGUACAGCAAGUGGCCGCUCAGGGUUCAAGGGCCGCAGCAGGCCUCUUCAGGUCCAAACUUGGGGAUCUAUAUAAUCUUCGCGAGUCGUUUCGGGAAGCAGUCAUACCACAGUUCCCUACGUUUGAACCAACCACGAUGACACCCGGCACCACCACCACGGCAGCACCCCAAAUAACACAGUCGAGUUUGGGCUGGUGGUCGUCGUCAGCCGCAGAUGUGAACUCAGACAAUGUUUACUCAGAGUUGUCAGAGAUAUACGGUAAAGGUCUGAGACAGGAGCAGCCCAGUGAAAACGGACUCUCUGAGGCGGAUAUGCGGCAGCCAAGUAUCAGUGACUCGCAAAAGAGUGUCUCGGGGAACGACAUCGGGAACGACCAUAUCUUGAACGACGGUGAUCUGGGAAGCAGCAUGAACAACAAUCUCAGAGGUAAAAAUAUUGAGGAUGGUGAUUUUAAUGAGACGAGUGAGGUGCAGGGUCGCGAGAAAGACGUCCCCGAGGAAUACUGGGCGAGGAUAAAAGGCAUCUUCGGGAAUAUGAAGUCUAUUUUGGAACAGAUGUACCCACCGGAGACCAAAAACGAGAAGUUCUCCUUUUCCUUCUUUGACAAAGCCAUCGCCUUGGGAGACAAGGUACAUUUUCUCAAUCAAAUGCAAGGCACCUUCGAUCAUGGUCUUCUAGGGUUCCUCUCCCAUAAGUGGGAAGACGUCAAGGAAAAUAUCAUAAACAGUCAUCCUAUCUUCAAGUUCGUCGCGUCCUCCAGUAGUCAACAGAUGGGUAGGAACUUCAUGAUAGCGUUGGUACGGAAGGUUGGUCACAUCCUACAUCGUCAGGCCUUCACUCAUCUAUCCGAGCUGGACUUCGUCACAGAGCUCAUGAGAUCCUCGGGCUUCAAGGACUUCGAGAUCCAUCAGGUGUUCGGUCUCCUGGACUUACCCACAGACUCACUUAGGGAUAACGAGACGCUCACAGCAGAAUCCCGCCAGUUGGGCUACAACCUCGGACUCGACAAAUCAGGUGGAUAUGGGCACUCUGGCGGUGCCGGCGGCUAUGGCGGUGGCGGCGGCGGCUAUGGAGGCGGCGGCGGCGGCGGAUACAUGCAGAGUUUCGACCCCUUCGUGCUCUUGGCUGGUCUGGCUUUUGCGACAUUCCUGGCCUACCUCAUCUACCGUCUACUGUCCAGCACAGCGGCAGCAAGGAGGAGGGAAGUACCAGACGUCUCGUUGGCCCUCGAUCUGUCUGACCUUCCUGACGUGGUAGGCAACCUGUACACCUGGCUGGAGAAUACCGAGAACUUGUACGGACGCUCUGGAAGGGAGGAUCAGAAGGAGGAAGGAGCUCUAGACUUCAGCUCUGCGGCCAACAAGAUGUGGUCAAGCUUCCAGGUGGACCGUCUGUCUCACGCGUGUGUGAAGAGAUACAUGUGUGACUACGUGACCUCCACCAGCACCUCCAUGAUGACUCCGGACUCCAUCCUCCAGCAACUGGCUUUGACAAGUUUGGCCCAGCUGUUCGGGGAGGAGGACAGUGCUACUAUGGUUGAUAAGAUCCAGGCGCAGAUGCUGGAGGGCAAAGACGUCCAUUGUAAUGCUAUUUCCCCUCGAUGUGACGACGUAGGGUACCAAGGCGUCCAGGGGGACGCUUUCGAGAGUUAAGAAGUCUUGCGGUAGCACGUUUGAAGUCCAAGAGUAAGGGCCAGGUCUUUUAGAUGAAAGACUUCAGUAGUCCAUUUCCUUUUUCCUUCGUCCUGGAACUUCAGUGUGACGAACAUGAUCAAUUGUGGAUCGUGUUGUGACAGGACUUCAUAGUUCGGGCAUUCGAGUAUCUAUGGGAAGAUCUUCCAGAGUUAGGACACCCAGAGUAGAUCUUUCAGAGUUAGGGCAUCCAGAGGCAAGUCGUCCAGAGUUAGGCCAUCCAGGGCAGAUCUUGCAGAGUUAGGGCAUCCGGAGGCAAGUCGUCCAGAGUUAGGCCAUCCAGGGCAAAUCUUGCAGAGUUAGGGCAUUCAGGGCAGAUCUUCCAGAGUUAGGGCAUUCAGGGCAGAUCUUCCAGAGUUAGGCCAUCCAGGGCAAAUCUUCCAGAAACAAGACAUCCUAAUACAGGCCUUCCAGAACUUUCAAGACCAGUGUCACACAUUCAAGAUCUUUUCGUUCUCUUCUUUCACGACAGUUGGCUAGGGUAAUUUACCCCUAUUUAGGAAUCGCUGCUGUAUAUUGUUUGAGCUAUCGUUAAUGUUAUUUAUAUUACCUGAGAUAUAUAUUGUAUUCACAGUUUUAAGGUAUUUAUAAGAUGUCUCCAGUUGUU